GACAUAAGGAAAAAUGACAUGUUAAAAUUCCAUUGAAACUAGGCAAUAAAAGGAAUAAAAGGAACAUUUUUGGAAGAAUGGCUCUGCUAAACCGUCGCCUAAAAGAACGUGAUAUUGAGAGUUAUCCUUUAGUUGAAGAUAACGAUAGGACUUACGGUGACUACGACGAGACUGACCAAGAUACAGAUUCCGAUUUAGACGAACAAUUCCAACAUCACGGGAUAUCACUGUGGCUUUCAGAUUCACUACUUAUGCUCAUUGAACAUAUUCAGAUUUUCGCGGUAUUCUUGGUACUGUCAGAGAGAUGGAGCUGGCCUUUGGACUGGAUUAGAGAGACAUCAUUUGUGCUUUUGAUCAAUCUUGAUAUUUGGGAAUUCUGGAAGAUAAAUAAUGAUAUUUAUGACGGUGCUAGCGAGGCCCACGUCCCGUCCAGCGCUAUGUUUAGUUACAAAACAUAUCUAAUUUGUUGGACGGGUUUAACCUUGGCUUUUAUUGCAAGCUAUAUUGCAAUGUAUCGAUAUUUAAUUUGGAAAAGACCACUGUAUUUGUUGCUGUACCUCACUAGAAUGAAACGUGUUCUGUCGGUUGUUGCCCAAGUUGUCAGCAUUCCAAUCGGGCUAGUGGUUGUCAGGUUGCUGCAAUGUCGUUCAUCCUCAACAUCAUCAAACAUAGGGUCAUCAAAAAUCAUUAUUUUAAAUGUUGAAAAUGAUAUAAAGUGUUGGAGUGAAUCUCAUCUUGUUUAUGGAUUUGUGUCAUUAGGCUGGGUUUUAUUGCUCAUGGCCACGCUAUUGUUUCUUGCUUAUCCUAUGUAUCUCUGGUGGGUUACAAAGAGUGAGGUCUUCACCCAUUCAAGCUCUCAACAUGAAGGAUAUUUACAGCUAAAAGAAGCAGAAUAUCUGAAAGGGUUGGAUAUAGUCUGGGCUGUGGAACAGUUUUUCUUGUUCUCUUCCUAUCGUCGACCAUGGGUUCAUUACCAGUCUGUCAUGUACUUCAUGCGGUUCUCAGUGGUUUUUGCAUAUGGUAUAUCACUUGAUUACCAAAUAUACCCAAUGGCGAUUGUAACUAUAAUAAUGUUUCUGCUAGCUUUGGUCAUGAUAGUGAUUAAGCCAUUUCGGGUGAAUGCAUUUAAUGUGAUGAAGGUUGCUUCGUUGUUGUGUAACUCAUUAAAUGCAUUGAUCGGACUUCUUUUGGAGUUGAAGGUUGAAAGUGCUAUUUUAAUUUAUCCAAACAUCAAAUAUGCACUGCUUAGCAUUAAUAGCUUUGUUAUACUUGCUUUUGUCAUAUUUUUCUCAUUCAUUGUGUUGCGUCACUAUGGCAUUAUAGCAAAGAAGCGACCACUCUGGCCAGCUUUAUCAAAAGAUCAAAAUUCACAAGAAUUGGACUUAGAUACUAAGCGAUACUUAAGAGCAGUACUACAAGGCAGGCAGGUGCUUGAAAGAGCUCUCUCCACUCCACCAAUAUUUGCACCAGUUCAUGAAAUUGAAAGACAAAUACAGAUUAUCAAUGCAUAUUGCCGGGAAGCUGAAAUUACAGGAAACCAAACAUUUGAUACUCUUUGGGAUUUGCUUGAUGAACUUAUUGAGGCACACAAUGUCUUCAAUGCCCAGUCAUUAUUUUCACAAUCAAACAAGAUAACUGUUCAAGAUACAGCAAAUGAACUGAUGAAAAUCAUGCCAGCAUUCAGAAAGAGAAUGGAUAAACGGGAGUAUGACUUUAUUCUUAUGAAUCCCGUAAAAAGAAGAAUGCUUUUGAAAAUGUAUGCACUGGGGUUAUUCCUUAAUGGAAGAAGUACUAAAGUGCAAGAAGAUGUUACAAGGAAAUUAAGAUUUGAUAAAAUGGCAAACAGAUCAUCAAGCGCUACUUGGAAAAGUAGUAGCAUAGGAUCACCAAUGUAUUCAAACAGUGAGAAUACAUCUGUACCUAACACUGCUGGAACACUGGAUAAGUUGACAGAUAGCAUAGAUGAUUUACUUAAACAAGCAGACAAUGUGACAAACAACAAUGAAGACCCACAAGUAUUGGUUGUGCAACAUGAGAAAAGUAUUUCAAACAAUACAGAAGUUGCAAAUAGUUCAAGUGUUUCACUUCCUGGUGCUGUUGCAGAUGAUCAGGAUAAUAUUGAUGUCGCACAAGUUGUAUAGACUGUUCUAUAGUGGUUACUUUAUAUUUAAUGAUAGUAGUAUUUUGAUGUUAGACAGUCAUUCACCCACAAAUAGAACUGUGCAAUCCAUUGAUGAGUGAUGCCAGGCAAUUAAUGACUUUUCAUAUGACCUUUAUAUAUAACAGUGUCAUCAGUACUGCUGCCUGCAUAAAUAUAUUGACUGCUUUGAUUAUAAUGGUGCACCCACUGCUACAACUGUAAUUUUUCACCAUAGUUACUGUGGUGAAUCCAUGUAAGUGAGUUACUUGCACGUAAAUAGACUUGUAAUUUUUCUUUAUAGUAAAGGAGUCACUUACAUCAAUAA